AUGCUAUCACGCGUAGCUUUGCGUUCAGCUGCGGCACGACAGUCCACAGCUCUCGUCCGCACCUCGGCCACGGAAUCCGGUGUCCGUGAUGAGAAGAACUUCCCUCGCCCCGUGAGGGGAGAACCCCCGAAAGUCAGACUCGGCUUUUUACCUGAAGAAUGGUUCCAAUUCUUCCAUUCCAAAACUGGUGUUACCGGCCCCUACGCAUUCGGUGUAGGUCUCGCUACAUAUCUAUGCAGCAAGGAAAUCUAUGUUAUGGAGCAUGAAUACUACACGGGGCUCUCCCUCAUACUUAUGGUGUACUACGGUACUACUAAGUUCGGACCCAAAAUUGCUGCUUGGUUGGACAAGGAAGUUGAUGCUAUCGAAAGCGGCUGGAACAAGGGCCGAGAGGAAUGCCUUAAUGACUUGAAGAAUGCUAUUGAGAGUGAAAAGGAUGCUCAGUGGCGUGCCAACGGUCAGGAGCUACUGAUAGCUGCCAAGAAGGAAAAUGUCCUCUUGCAGCUUGAAGCAGCUUACAGGGAACGCAUGAUGAUGGUUUAUGGAGAAGUCAAACGCCGUCUUGAUUACCAACUGGAGAAAACCAACCUAGAGAGACGCAUCGCUCAGAAGAAUAUGGUUGACUGGAUCGUGGCCAACGUCACCAAGGCCAUUACACCCGACCAGGAGAAGCAGACCCUGGACCGCUGCAUCGCAGACCUGGCCGCUCUGGCUGGGAAGUAG